AUGGUGGAUCUCCAGUACAACGAAGGAGCGUCCCUUCCGCCGAAUGCUCCUGCAUGGGCAGUCUCUGCAAGCGAGCGAUUGAAGGAUCGACGUGACAAGGGGAUGCUGUUGGCAGAAGGUCCUCCCGAAGGAAUCCAACGGAUCUUGUUGCAUUCGUGUUGUGCUCCGUGUUCCGGAGCCAUGGUGGAGGAGAUGGUGUCGUACAAACAAGUGGAAGUGGUAGUCUUCUUUUACAAUCCGAACAUUCAUCCUCGUCGAGAAUACGAAAUCCGCAAAGAAGAAAACAAACGCUUCUGUCAAGACUUGAACGUGGAAUUCGUGGAUUGCGACUACGACGCUGACAACUGGUACGAGAGGACCAAAGGGAUGGAAAUGGAUCCCGAACGAGGCCGUCGUUGUACGGAAUGCUUUGAUAUGAGGAUGGAACGGACAGCGCUCUACGCUCACGAGAACCGAUUUGACGCCAUUGCCACAACCAAUGCAACCAGUCGAUGGAAAGAUUCACAGCAAGUCGAUGCAGCGGGCACAAAAGCUGUAGCCGAGUACGAAAAAUUGAUCUACUACGCUCGGAAUUGGCAGACUGACGUCAUGACGUUGAGAAAGUAUCAAAUCAGUGCCGACAACAAAUUCUAUAAACAAGAAUAUUGCGGAUGCUCUUACAGCUUGAGGGACAGCAAUGAAUGGAGAAAGGCCAAUGGAAUUCCUAAAAUCAAAAUUGGAGGAGAACAAGCAGGAUUGGGAAACAGAUACUUCUCCGAUCCUCUUGCGGAUGCUCUAGAAGAAUCACAAGAUGUCGUUGAUGAAUUCUUUCAUCAAGCACAAGAAGUUGCUGCCGCAGGAGACUCCAAACAAGACAGAAAAAAGGCUCUGGAGACAUACAAAGACCGACGCAAAAACCAAAAGGAAGCUGGAAUUGAGUUUGGGUUAAACAACUGGUAG